GCAACAGAUCAUCACACACUCACAGAUGCGAGGCCUGAAAUUAACUUAAUUACUAGUUGGGUCUCUGCUUGACUUUUCUCCUUUCUGUGAUCUCCUCUCAGGUGUGACACACAUUCAGCAGCGGGAGAAGAAGAAGAAGACGCUCCAGUAUGUCUGUGGGGCUGGAGUUGAUAGGCAUCGCCCUGUGCAUUUCGGGAUGGAUUAUUGCCAUUGUGGCAUGCGCCCUCCCCAUGUGGAGGGUGACGGCCUUCAUCGGCAGCAACAUCGUGACGGCUCAGAUCAUCUGGGAGGGCCUGUGGAUGACCUGCGUGGUCCAGAGCACGGGCCAGAUGCAGUGUAAGGUCUACGACUCCAUGCUCGCCCUCUCCCAAGACCUGCAAGCCGCCCGCGCCCUCACCGUCAUCUCCGUCCUGUUAGCCAUCCUGGCAGUGCUAAUCUCCAUCGCCGGGGCCAAGUGCACCAACUGCAUUGACGACGAGGCAUCCAAGGCCAAGGUGAUGAUCAUCGCCGGGGUCUUCUUCAUUGUUUCCGGGGUCAUGCAGCUCAUUCCCGUCUCCUGGUCGGCCAACACCAUAAUCAGGGACUUCUACAACCCUUUACUUACGGACGCUCAGCGGAGGGAGCUGGGCGCCGCACUGUACAUCGGCUGGGCAGCUGCCGCCCUCCUGAUUCUUGGUGGCGGGCUGCUCUGUUGCUCUUGUCCGCCACGCGAGACCAGAUACAACCCUUCACGAAUGGCUUACUCUGCCUCGCGGUCCGCAGGUGGCCCGGGGUUGGAAAGGAAAGACUAUGUAUGAAUGGAGGCCAAAGAAAAUGAGACAUUAGUGAAUCUCAAAGCUGCUCUCCACACCAAACUGAAGGGAGGAAGAGAGCUCAAGGAAACAAGGAGACUCCGUAAUGAAGGAUGUGUUUGAUUUUGCCUUUAAUGUUAAGAAUCUCUGACUUUGGCUUUUUGUUUUCAGAGACUGAAAGGACAUUGGAGCGGAAAUCUCCUUUAAUCAUGUUUCAAAACAAAAAGAAAAUUGUGUUAUUAGUCUUUUUUUAAGGUCAGCACGCUAAAUGAUAUUGUCACAAUCAGUAUAUACUUUUUAUACAGCCCUGGCUUCUUAAUGUUUACCACUGAAUACUUUUUAUAAAAACCGCCAUGACUGCUUCAUGCGUCACCUUCAUAAUGACGCACUGCUGUGUUCAAAAUGGAAGAAUUGGAUGUGUUAAAUGGUACGACCGGGAUUAUGUGUUGUAAAAUACUGUAGUAAGAUUAUCAUUAAUCACCUGUAACUGUCAAGACGGAUGAUAACUGUAUUCAACGCAGCUUUUAGUGCAGUGUGGUAAAGGUGGGGAUGGGGAGGGGUGGCUUUACAGUGAGCACGGACGGAGAACAAAAGGGUUCAUCCAUAACAGAAAUGAUCUUUGUGUGUUAUUUACAGAACAUGUAUCCAACAAGUGUUUUUUUUUUUAAUAAACAUGACUGUUUUUUUUUUAA